ACGCCACGUGGCACUCCUAGUUAACCGCUUAUCUACUGUCAAGCCCAAAAACACAGACCUUUUUAGCAGAAAUCCAAGUUCUUGUAAGAUUUUAACUUGGGAUUUCUUGAAGAAAUGGAGACUGGUAUUGCUUCCUGUGCCAAUGAAACACUCUUGCCCACAGUUUCUUCUCAACGUUCCACCACCAUGGCCUCACCUCGUUCAAUUACUCCAUCAUUAUCCAGGACUCUGAAAACAAGCUCACUAUUUGGAGAAACCUUGCGAAUUGCUCCAAAAUCGUCGUUUAGAGUUACAAAGACGAAGAACUCUUCUCCCUUGACCAAGUGCGAGAUUGGUGAUAGUUUGGAAGAAUUUCUUACAAAGGCGACCCCGGAUAAAGGAUUGAUUACACUGAUGUUGUGCAUGGGAGAAGCUUUGAGGACAAUUGCCUUCAAAGUAAGAACAGCUUCUUGUGGAGGAACAGCUUGUGUCAACUCUUUUGGAGAUGAACAACUUGCCGUUGAUAUGCUUGCCAAUAAGCUUCUCUUUGAGGCCUUGCAGUACUCUCACUACUGCAAAUAUGCUUGCUCUGAAGAAGUGCCCGAGCUCCAAGACAUGGGAGGACCAGCCAAAGGAGGAUUUAGUGUUGCAUUUGAUCCACUUGAUGGUUCCAGCAUUGUUGACACAAACUUCACUGUGGGAACCAUAUUUGGAGUGUGGCCUGGAGACAAGCUUACAGGGAUUACAGGAAGAGAACAAGUUGCUGCCGCUAUGGGGAUUUUUGGACCUCGUACUACAUACGUUCUUUCUCUUAAGGACAACCCCGGAACUCACGAAUUCCUUCUCCUCGAUGAAGGAAAAUGGCUACAUGUGAAAGAUACAACAACGAUUGGUGAAGGAAAAAUGUUUUCCCCCGGCAAUUUGAGGGCUACCUUUGACAAUCCUGAAUAUGCCAAGUUAAUUGAUUACUAUGUUCGAGAGAAAUACACCUUGCGAUACACUGGAGGAAUGGUUCCCGAUGUUAACCAGAUUAUUGUGAAAGAGAAGGGAAUCUUCACAAAUGUAACAUCCCCAACGGCCAAAGCCAAGCUGAGAUUACUCUUUGAAGUGGCUCCAUUGGGAUUCUUGAUCGAAAAAGCCGGUGGCUAUAGCAGCGAUGGCAAACAAUCCGUACUUGACCGGGUCGUUACUAAUCUUGACGACAGGACCCAAGUUGCUUACGGAUCCAAAAAUGAGAUUAUCCGGUUUGAAGAAACACUAUACGGAUCAUCCAGACUCAAGGUUGCUGAACCAGUUGGAGCAACUGCUUGAGUUAACAGGAACAUGCCCUUUUCAUUUUUCCUUUUGCGAGUUAUUAAGGUGGUUUGUGCACAAGUUCGUCAAAUCUACAAGAUUUUUAUGCCGAUCUUAUAAAUGCAAAUAGUUUAAUGACAAUAUUGUCAAACUUGUCAUAAAAUGGAAAUUUAAGUACUCCUUUAGUCUCAUGUCUAAGGAAGCCAGAGCUCUUUCCCGUCUUUCGCAGGCUUCUUCUUUUAGUCCUUAUAUUAAACCUUGUUGAGUUCAUACAUCAA